GUGAAGGCGUACGCGAUUGGUGGAAUAUCAAAAAGCGUUCAAUAAUCUGCCGUUCCGGGGAAAGCUCAUUUGUGAUCUCAUCGCUAAAGAGAAAAGUCGGGCACACGAAAGAUGCGAAGAAAAUUAUAAAAAAAUCUCUGUCCCUCAUUUUGUAGGCGACAGAUUUUAAAACAGUGAAUGAGUGACUUUUAUGCCAUUUCAAUACAUAUUUUCCGCCUAGUGAACUAAAAUUAGGUUAAAAAUGGCACUCGUAUGUGAUAUUAAAAGCGAUCAACCGUCUCCGCAACCCGACCUCCCCAAAGACGAGGCACCCGCUCAAAAUAACGAAGACCUCGAAGAUGGCGAAAUCGAGGACGACGACGAGGAAGAGGAGACACCGUCGGCACCGGUCGUCGUCGAAACACAAACCCCCGAACCCGCCCCGCAAACGCCGCCCGCGAGCGCCAAGUUCUCCCCGAACAACAAUCGAAGUCGUUUCGACAGACCCGACCGACACGCCCGAUACGACGAGCGCAAACGCGGGCACCUGACCGAAGCGGAAAAGAGCGUCCUGCACCUGCACAAGCUCGAACGUUUCGAGCGCGAGAAGCGCGACCGAUACAAGCGCGAGCCGCCGUCGACCAACGACGACUUCGCCUGCAACAUCGAGAAGGCGAUCGCGAACGUGCUGCGAAAGGACAAGAAGCGCAGUGACGACGAGAAGGAGGAGGAGGACAAGCGGGGAAAGAAACGAAAAAAAAAGGACAAGGAGAAAAAGAGGCAGAAGCAGCGGCGUCUGUCGCCGAAACCCGACGACGCCGAAGACAGUGAAAUGCUCCCGUCGAAGGACAACUCGCCGUCGCCGCACUCGGACCCGUACGACUCGGCCACCUCGUCCGAAGGCAAAAAAAAGUCCAAGACGAAAGACAAAAAGUUUAAAAAGUCUGAUCCGCAACCGAAAGACACUCAGGGAGUCUGCGUAUUUUACCUGCAGGGGAAAUGCACGAAGGACAACGAAUGUCCGUUCUCGCACGAACUCUCGCAGCCGCUUAAAUUAGAAUUAUGCAAGUUUUAUUUGAUGGGAUGUUGUGCCAAAGGUGAAAAAUGUUUUUAUAUGCACUCGGAAUUCCCUUGUAAAUUCUACCAUACAGGUCUUCCCUGCUACGCGGGCGACUCGUGUAAAUUCGCCCACGGCAAACCGCUCGAAGAAGGAUUACGACAGAUCCUCUUUAAGCACAUCGAGACCGCCCCGAAAGAGAUUCUCGGCGAGUUUCCUCGUUUAAGUCGAGACGGCGCGCUGACCAUGAUCAACCAGGCGCAGAAGGCGUUGGAGAUUAAGUACGACGAGGAGAAGGGGGGUGAUCCGAACUCGAUACCCUCACUGUUCGAGCUCAACAUUCCAGUACCGGCCGAGCUUCUUCAGAAAGACGAUGAGAAAUCGGAUAAACCGGCGUCGAGGGAGCGCAACCGACCGUCGAGGUGGCAAGAUCCGGAUCCGGUGGAGGACGCUCAGGUGAAUCUGUUCGGAAUCAAAGGGUUUUACAGCGAGCGAGGCGAUCAGGAUAUGCGUGUCAAUAGUGGGGAUGUGGACAUGCGCACUUUGCCACCACAGUUAAAUACUCAACCGGUUAUGCAGUCCUUACAAGACGUCGACAUCCGGCCGACUCAAGACACGGACAUACGGCAGUUAAAUGCCGAGACGCCGAUGGAUUUUACGAAGGACGUCGACAUUCGCCAGAUGUCGCAGCAGUUCGAAAUGGCGUCGAAGACCAACGACGAUAACGGCAACGCGACGGACGAGCCGAACCUUCAAAUUGUCGAGGAGGGCGCCGGCGAAAAGACCGACGCCGCCGUCGAAUUACCCGAGACCUUACCGAAGAAACAGCGCGAGCUGUUUUUGCGAAUUCGCGCGCAGCAAAAGGAGAACGUGCCGACGAUUGCGAAGGAGACGGACGACGAGGAGCCGAGCAACAUCGACUGGUACUCGGACGACGAUGACGAUGACGACGACAACAGGCUGACGAUCGGGGACGAUAUCGAGGAGCCGAAACCGAAAGUGGAGGAGCCUAGCGAGCCGCCCGUCGUUUUACCCUCGCAGAUCAAGCCGGUGGAGGUGAUCGAGAAAUUGGGCGACCUCUCCAAAAUCGAUAUAUCGGCGGAGGUGACCAAGAUGUUACUGUCGUCGAUCAAUCAAACCGCGGCGCUUAUCAAGGACACGAUAACGUCGCCCAAAGAUCCUCGAUCGGGCGAUCCGCCGAAGACGGAUCCUAGGCGAACGCGACAGAGUUCGACGGAAGCGAAAAAGGCCGAAAAACAGAGCAUCUACGAUCAGGGCAGCAUCUCGCUCGACAAUUCGAAGGACGUCGACUUACGCAAUCUCGAAGACACCGAUUUAAGGCCGCAAUUCCGCGAUACGGAUUUACGAGCCUCAAGCCGCCCGGAUAUCGACUUACGUCAGCUCGGUCUGCCCUUCAAGGCGAUGCAGAAUUACACCCCCGCGUCCGAGAUCGACGCCAGCAUCAACACGCGAACGCCGAUCGAGUGGCGCGUGCACUUAGUAGACAUUCCCAAGCCCGACUACACGGGGCUGAAGUUGACGCCCCACGAGGCGCAGAACACCGGCGAUCCGCGUCUGCGGAAAAUCUUCCGACUGAACAGCACCGAAGAGAAGGACAGUCCGGCGAGCCCGAAGGAGAGUCCGAAGCCGGUGGCGACCGUUCGCAACGAUCCCCGCCGCCGUAAGCUGGACGAGAAGCCUCCCGCGAUCGCCGAAGUCAACAUGAUGAACUACUCGCAGCAGCUGAACAUCCUGCAAACCUCGGCGUUCUACCAGAGCCUAACGAGCAAUCAGAAGGUCCUGUUGAACCAGGAGCUCGCGUCAAAGUACGACCACAGCGGCAGCAACGAUCCGACACUGAACGGUAUCCUGUCGAAUUUGGGCCUGCUGUCGAACGCGAGUGCGGUCCUGCCGAACGCGAACACUAGUGCCUUGAACAUUCUCGCGAACAUCAACAACAUGACUCCGAUGAUGCAGCCGUCGAACAUCAUAGUGCCCCAAAAUCAGCAGCCGUUCGUCAAUCAGAUGCCGCAAAAUCCCAACGUCGUCCAGCCGGGCCUGCUCGGCGCCGCGCCCGGCCUGCCGAACAUGCCGCCCGACUUCCAGCUCAACUUCGACCCGCGACAGGGCGGCCUCCUCGGCAACGCCCCGAACUACAACUACAACAACGACAACUCGAACUUCAACAACUUCAACGACAAUUACUACGAGGACGGCGGCGGCAAUUACGUCGAGAACAAUCCGGUGACGCGCGGCGGCAGGGGGGGUCGCGGCGGCUUUCGCGAUCGGCCGCGCAGGGGCGGUAGGAACUUUGGCAGGAAUAACUCGCGUAACUUUCGAAGUAGAAAUCGCAAUAACCGCAGUCGGACUCCACCCUAAGUGUCGUUUUCAAUGUUUCGACUCUCUCGCACGAACAAGAUUAAUUUAUUUUUUUAUUAUGCUUUCCUUUGAGAUAAUUGUGAAUCAUUUUUUCAUUUUAAGGUUCGUAAAAUAUGACGUUUCCUAUGUAGAAACUUGUAUAUUUCUGUACAAAGGUAAAAACGAUGCAAUAAUUUUUGUAUAUAACGAAUUUAUGUUAAUUACGUUAUUUAUUAAUUUUUGAAUAAAGAUAGUGUACUUGUAAAGUAUUCAUUUUAGAA